UAAAGCGACGCCAUCUUGCCGCGCCCCGGCCGCCGCCCGUCCCUCGUUGCUAGGGCAACUGCCUCACCUGAGCCUGCCUAGGCCCGGGGCGGUCCUGCCUCACCUGCCGGGGAGCCAUGUUCGGGGACUGGGGGGCGGCGGGCGGCGGGACGGAUGUGGCGUCCGUGUGGCGGAGGGCCCAGGGGUCCCGCAGCGAGGAGAAAAGCACCCAGACCAGGCUGAUCUCCACCAAAGAAACUGUUGCCCAGUCCCGCUACUGCCAGGAUGCAGGCGUUCAGACCGACACGGACGAGGAGCAGGCCCAAGCACGGGGUCUCCCCUCUCCUGCAACAGUGGACUAUGCCUCUCUGCGCUCUUUCCUGCAGAGAGUAGAAGAGGUUGUCAUCCGGGAAUUAGAUAAGAACUGGAAAAGCCAUGCCUUUGAUGGUUUCGAGGUGAACUGGACGGAUCAAAAUGAAACGGUUAGUUGUUUGCACAGCUUAUCAUAUCCGGAAGCUCAAGAGUGCAAGCUGCAUGUCACCGGUAUCUCCUGGAAUGCCACAGGGGCCGUUGUUGCGUGUUCAUAUGGCAGGCUGGAUGAUGGGGACUGGAGUGCAGAAAAAUCCUAUGUCUGCACUUGGAACCUAGACCGCAGAGCUCUGAACCCCACCCGUCCAGAUCUGGUGGUGGAAACCCCCAGCGCCGUGAUGUGUUUGGCUUUCCACCCGGUGCACCCUUCCCUCAUUGCAGGUGGCCUGUUCAGUGGGGAGGUCUUGGUCUGGGACACCAGCAGACUGGAGGAUCCCUUGGUCUGGAGGACAGGAAUGACGGAUGACACCCACACAGAUCCUGUUUAUCAGGUGGGCUGGUUGAGAGACUCAAAGCACCACCAUUCCUUCUGCGUUCUGAGUGUCUCCACCGACGGGAAGAUCCUACUGUGGCAGGAGGAGAGAGAUGGCCUCCUCAAGCCGAUGGACGGCUUUGCUUUCGUGCUGCAGCAAAUCCCCAGGACCAUGAAGCUGAAAAAGCAUGCCCGUGGAGACACAGCCGUGGGCGUGACCUCUCUCUGCUUCUCCCACUUUGAGCCCAGCGUAUUCAUUGUCGGCACGGAAGGGGGCUACGUGCUGAAGUGCUCCAGUGCCGUGGAGACGGUUGCUCUCUUACAGAAGGGCAGCUCGGUCCCACUUAAGGCCCCCGCCCAGUUUGUCUUUGCUCCCCACGGUGGACCUGUCUAUUGCGUAAGCUGCUCACCUUUCCACAGGAAUCUUUUUUUGAGUGGCGGCACCACUGGCCAUGUUCAUUUGCAUUCCAUGUUACAAGCUCAGCCCCUCAUUGCUCUUCAGUUGUCGAAAAAAUACAUUUUCAGUGUCAGGUGGUCUCCAGUACGGCCUUUGGUUUUUGCAGCCACUUCUGGUGAGGGGGAAAUCCAGCUGUUUGAUUUUGGGAAGAGCGCUCAGAAGCCUUCCAUUUCUAUCAAGCAGACCUCUGACCAGAGUCCCGUGUACUGCUUAGAGUUCAACCACAGACAGCCCCAGCUUCUUGCUGCUGGAGAUGGUGGCGGAGUAGUAAAAAUCUGGCAGCUAAGUUCAGAUUUUACAGAAGAGGGACCACGAGAAAUGAGCCAUCUUGACCAACUAGCCAACGAGGUGACCGAUUGACACAAACUGCAAUAAAAGAUUUGGUAUGUUUUUCA